UCACUGUCAACUUCCUUUUUAACUGCGAGCCCACAGCAGCAACAAUGAAGUGGAGAGCUGUGUGGUUGUGUUUCCUUGCUUUUUCUGUGUCAAAUGUUAUCGAUAUCCAAGCCGUGCCAGUUUACAAGAGUACUUGUAGCACAUGGGGCAGGGAGCACUUCAAGACGUUGGAUGGUGAUGUGUACCAGUUUCCCAGUAUGUGUGAGUACAAGCUGGUGAAAACCUGCGAGGAUUCCCAGAAUUCCCAGACGUUCUCAAUGGACAUAAAAAGGGAGAAGAAUCAUGGAAACUCUACAAUAAGUUUUGUGGUUGUGAAAAUUAAUAGUUAUUUAUACAACAUCAGCAAGGAUUCGGUCACUCUGGAUGACCAGAGUGUUCAACUGCCAUACUACCAGGCCGGGGUACAAUUGGAAAAAACUAAUUUUUACAAAAAGCUUCACUCCCAAGUUGGCAUCACUGUCAUGUGGUACAAUGAUGGCGCAGUCACGGUGGAAAUUGAUGAUGAAUAUGUUAAUCGCACUUGUGGACUUUGUGGAAAUUUUGAUGGCAAUUCAGACCUCUAUGAUGAAGGUCAACAAAUCAGCCCCAUUAAGUUUGGCAAGAAUUGGAGAACCCCUCGUCCAAAUGAUAACUGUGAGGACCCCAAUGAAGAGGCAGAUACAUCACUGGAGACUGAGAAUGUGACAGAGUCAUGCAAGGAGUUUGAAAACAUCUGCAAAGACUUCUUUGAAAAUGAAUCCUGGAGCUCCUGCACUAGUCUUAUUGAUCAUAAGCCUUACAUUCAGGCUUGUGUGAAGGAUUUGUGUCGCUGUAGCAAUUUAAAUCACUCCUGUGUCUGCAGCACAUACUCUGAGUUCUCUCGACAGUGCUCCCAUGCUGGAGGAAAACCUCCCAACUGGAGGACUCCCGAGUUGUGUGCUAAACACUGCCCGCCCACCAUGGUAUAUGAUGAGAAUGGGUCUCCUUGCAUCGAUACCUGCAGAUUCCCAGACUCAAGUUUACUUUGUGAAGAUCACAAUAUAGAUGGCUGCUUCUGUCCUCCUGGAACUGUGUUUGAUGAUGUUUCCGUGACGGGGAGGUGUAUUCCUCGUUCUGAAUGUCCGUGCAAACAUGACAAAAUCUAUAAGUCCAAUGCGGUUUACCAAGAGGGGGGAGAAAACUGUACAUGCAUUGCAGGUAAAUGGUCUUGUGAGAAUCUUCAAAUGCAUGCUACAUGUUCAGUUGAAGAGGGUUCAUACAUAACCACCUUUGAUGGGAAAGACUUCACCUUCCAUGGAGACUGUGACUACAUUCUGGCUAAAGUGGAAAGCAAGGAUUAUAUGAGUCAAAAUUUUACCAUUCUGGCACAUUUGACACAAUGUUCAGAUCACCAGUACGGCACUUGUCUCAAGACCUUGAAAAUUCAGCUGAACAGUGACAAAAACAAUGCCAUAAUUUUCACCUCUGAAGGCAGAGUGAAGAUGAAGAAUGGACAGGAGGUCACUUUGCCUUAUGACUCAGGAGACAUCAGUAUAUUCCAUGCUUCAUCCUUUCACAUCAUGCUCCAGACAAGUUUUGGUUUACAAAUUCAGAUCCAGCAUGUGCCUCUGAUGCAAGUCUAUGUCAGUCUGGAGCAGAGCUACAGAGAAAAGACACGUGGUUUAUGUGGGAAUUACAACAUGAUGCAAUAUGAUGACAUGAAGACUCGUCAGGGGAUGGUUGAGGGAGAAGAAGCAACUUUUAGUAAUUCUUGGAAGGCUGACUAUACGUGCAAAGAUGGACAAGGACGAUUUGCUGACCCUUGUUCUCUUAGAACGGAAAAUGAAAAAUAUGCCAAACACUGGUGCGCCUUACUACGACAGUCAAAUAGUACCUUUGCACGGUGCCGUUCUGUGAUGGAUCCUGAGAUUUACUACAAGCGAUGUAUUUAUGCUAGCUGUAACUGUGAGAAGAGCGAGGACUGCCUGUGUGCUGUCUUCUCCUCCUUUGCAAGAGCUUGUGCAUCAAAGGGAGUGUUCUUGACAGACUGGAGAAAGGAUGUUUGCGACAAACACACCAAGAACUGCCCAAAAUCUCAGACCUUCUCUUACAAAAAUCAGAGAUGUCAGCUGACUUGCAGAUCACUGAGCUCAAAGGAGCAGAGCUGCACCUCUGACUUCUUGCCUGUGGGCGGCUGUUCCUGCGCUGAAGAUCAGUACCUAGAUGACAAAGACAUCUGUGUCCCCAAAGCAAAGUGUCCCUGUUACCAUAAUGAAAAAACCAUUGAACCAGGGAUGACCAUCAGCAUCAAAGACGACAACUGCGUGUGCACUGAUGGAGUUCUUCAUUGCAAUCCUCAGGCAGCUGGCUCUUUAACAUGCCUUUCUCCAAAAAAAUACUUCAACUGCUCCACUGCAGACGUAAGAGUUGGACUACAGUGUGCUCCAACUUGUUUAAAUCCGGACAAUGAAUGCGAUGCCACUGAGUGUAAAUCUGGCUGUCUCUGUCCCAGAGGCCUCGUUGAUGAUGGUAAAGGUUCCUGUGUAAAAGAAAAUGAAUGUCCAUGUCAGCAUGGCGAGAAACAUUAUUCCAGUGGAGAAAAAAUCUAUGAGAAAUGCAACACCUGCACCUGCAACAGUGGAAAAUGGCAGUGCACAGACAAUAAAUGUCCAGGAACCUGUAUUAUUUAUGGAAGUGGUCACUACAUUACAUUCGAUGAGAAUUCAUAUGGCUUUCACGGACAGAUGUCUUACACUGUUAUCAAGAACACAUGUGGCAAUAAAACACUGGAGAACAACUUCACUGUUAUCAUAGAAAGUGAGAUUUGUGAACUUCCAAACCCUAUAUGCUUCAGAAAGAUCAGGAUCCAGCUGGGGGAAAAUGAAAUCACACUUUCAAAGGGGAUGGUCAUUUCUCCAAAUGACACUGAGAUUCAGUACACCAAAAGGCAGCUUGGUUUCUAUCUGGUCAUUGAAUUUGACAUUGGUCUAACAAUUAUAUCGGAUCAUAAAACAACAGUUAUAAUUCGACUGGAACCACAGUACUCUGGGAAGGUGUGUGGCUUGUGUGGAAAUUUUGAUGGUAAUGCAAAGAAUGACUUCACUACCCAGGGUCAGCUAGUAGUGAGCAAUCCACUAGAGUUUGCAAACAGCUGGAAACUGUCUGGCAAUUUUCCAGAUGAGACAACUAAUCUUGAAACUUGUAUGUCAGCACCCAGAGAAAACUGGGCAAAAACAAUGUGUCGUAUUAUAAAAGAUACAUUUAAAGAAUGCCACUAUAAGGUAGACCACCUUCCAUUUUAUGAAAACUGUGUGAAAGACUCGUGUACCUGUGACAAAGGAGGAGACUGUGAAUGUUUCUGCACAGCAGUUGCGGUUUAUGCUCAGGCCUGUGCUGAGGCCGGUGUUUGUGUUGAAUGGAGAACUCCAGAGAUCUGUCCUGUAUUUUGUGAUUUCUACAAUAAACAUGGUGAAUGCACAUGGCACUAUAAAAUUUGCUCCGAAAACUGCACAAAGACCUGUGAAAAUCCCGAAGGACAUUGUAUUAAAUAUAUGCACUCCUUUGAAGGCUGCUAUCCUGAAUGCCCAAAAGAUAAACCCAUAUUUGAUGAAGAAAAACAAAAAUGUGUGGACUGUUGUGACGAUCACUGUCCAAAAACCACUACAACUACAACACCACCUACAACGACAACAUAUUCGACAACGAUUCAUUCUACAACUACACCUGGAACACAGACUACAACAACACCUCGUUCUACAACUGGAACACCGACUACAACACCAACUCAUUCUACAACUACUAGUGGAACACCGACUACAACACCAACUCAUUCUACAACUACAAGUGGAACACCGACUACAACACCAACUCAUUCUACAACUACAACCCUGACUACAACAACACCAACUCAUUCUACAACUACAAGUGGAACACCGACUACAACACCAACUCACUCUACAACUACACCCUGGACUACAACAACAGGUUUUACUACAACAACACCAACCCAUCCUACAACUACAACUGAAACACCAAGUACUACUCCUAAAUCAACAACACCAAUCCAUUCUACAAGUACAGCUGAAACACCAACUACGAUUUCAGCUUCUACUAGGAUUAUAACUGGAACUACCAUAUCUCCAACCACUCUUGUACCAGAUUUUCUUCAUAAUUGCACGUGUUCUAAGGCCAUAUCCCUUGGCAACAACACAUUUAAAAUGGUUCCUCUUCACUGUUCAACCAAUGAAAACAUAACUUGCAGCAAUGGAAAGACACCAGUUCUUCUAUAUGACGAGUCCCAGUGCUGUAAACAUUAUGCUUGUGAUUGUGAAUGCAAAGGAUGGGGCAAUCAUCAUUACAUUACAUUUGAUGGCUUCUAUUACAAUUAUCAAGGGAACUGCACUUAUGUUUUAAUGCAAGAAAUUAAUCAAAAGCAUAACUUAAGCAUUUACAUUGAUAAUGUGUUUUUUGAUUCCACUGAAGAUGUUUCCCGUCUUCGAUCUAUAAUUAUUUUAAAUGGAUCGCAAAUUUUCAAUUUGACAAAUCAUAACUUUACUGGAAGAUCAAAUUUGGAGGCACUGAAAAAUGGAGUACGUCUGAAACUGCCCUAUUCACAAAAUGGUGUUACAAUCAUUAAUUCAGGAUUUGACUUGGUUUUGGAGAUCCCAUCACUAGAAGUGGUCAUUACAUUUGGAGGCACUGGCUUCAGUGUUAAUCUUCCAUAUAAAAACUUCGGCAAUAAUACCCAGGGUCAUUGUGGAACAUGUAACAAUAACCUGAGUGAUGACUGCAUGUUGCCUGGAGGUCAGCUUGCUGAAAGUUUUGCAGCGAUGGCUGACAACUGGACUGCAAAAGAUACUGGCCAAGGCAAUUGCACUGUACCGCCUACGAAACCUACAAGUGCACCAGAACCACCACCUCUAUACAAAACAGGCAUUUGUGAGCUGCUUAAUAGCAGUCUCUUUGCAGAGUGCCAUCCUAUUAUCUCGCCAAAGAAUUUCUACAAGGGUUGCAUUUUUGAUAGCAGCAAUGUUAACAAAACAGAAGUGCUGUGCACAAGUUUGCAAACUUAUGCAGCAGCCUGUGCUCGUGCUGGAGUUUGCGUUUACUGGAGGAACCACACUAAAACAGAAAAGUUGUGUGCCAGUCACUGCCCAUCACACCAGGUUUAUCAGGCUUGUGGUCCUGCAGAUCAGCCAACCUGUGAAGACAAUUCUUACGAACCCACCAUGAACUUUACUGCUGAGGGCUGUUUUUGUCCUGAUGGAAUGAAACUUUUCAGCAGACAGUCCAACAUAUGUGUGAAAACAUGUGGAUGUCUUGAUCCGGAGGGUAAUUCUCGUGAGUUCAAUGAAAGAUUUGAGCUCAAAUGCCAGAAGUGCACCUGUGAAGAAUCCACAAAGACUGUGACUUGCAAGCCUAAGGAGUGCCCCAAACCAAACAUAACAGAAUGCUCUGAUGAUGGAUUUGUCCUUAUCAACCAAACUGAUCCAUCAGAUCCCUGCUGUUCUACCCCUGUUUGCCAGUGUAAACCUGGUGGUUGCCCAGACAUGGAUGUGACCUGUUCAAUUGGAAAAAAGCCAGUUGUCAGUAUUCCUAAGGGAAAAUGCUGUCCAGAACUUAGAUGUGAACCUAAAAAGGUUUGUGUUCGCAAUGAGACUGAAUACCAGCCUGGUUCUUCAGUUCCUGGGUCUGUAUGUCAGGAGUGUACCUGUGAGGCUGGACAAAAUUCUACUGUAAUAAGCUGUAAGGAUCAGGAGUGUAACGAAACUUGUCACAUGGGAUAUGAAUAUGUGAAAACUGGUUCAGAUGAAUGCUGCGGGAAGUGUGUGCAGACACACUGUGUUGUCAAUAUUAACGGAGCCAAGCAACUCUUGUCUCAAGGAGAAACCUGGUCACCAACUGAGAAUAGGUGUGAUGAGUAUACCUGUGUUAAGAAUGGUGAGAUUUUAACAACAAGCACUUCACACACAGUCUGCCCAGUAUUCAAUAAGAGCAGGUGUGAACCUGGCACAAUUCAAACUGCAGCAAACGGCUGUUGUAAAAUUUGUGUGGAGAAGGAGAAGGCAUGCAAGUUCAUGUCCAUGAAAACCAAUAUUACACACAACAACUGUACGUCUGCCCAGGAGGUAGAUAUGCCAUAUUGUGAAGGAUCCUGCAACACUUAUACCAUGUACUCUAAAGAAGCAGCAGUUAUGCAGCAUUCUUGCUCCUGCUGUAAGGAGACACGCUUCAGCAAUCGCACUGUAGACCUGGUCUGCCCAAAUGGAGACACGGUCCCCUACACAUACAUGUAUGUGGAGGAGUGUGGUUGUACAAACACAGAGUGCACCGCAGCUGCUGGACAACAUAUUCGCAGGAAGCGAAGCUUCACACUGCUGUGAUAAGCCAGUCUGUGUAUGAGGAACACAUGUUUCCUCCCAUAUUAUUAAAGCAAUCAUUAAAUGUCUACAAAAUAAAUGCCAAUAUAAGGAGAGCAUUUAUGAACAUUGAUUCAAUAAAAAGGAUGCAACUCA